CCUGGUGGUUGUUGAAUUCGAUGUCGUCGGUGCGCGAAUGUAGCAUCAUUAACCUCUAUUGUUACGACAUUCGUGUGAAAACCAGACAAAACCAUUCCGGCCUUUUCUCAGUGGUCUAGUAGCGGAGCGACAAGGGGGUGAGAGCCACUAUCCACGGCUGAACUCAGUCGAGGAUCAAACAACUCACCAUGGAGCCACAGGACCGACCACAGCCAGGGACAAUGCCGAGAAUCAACCGCGUCAGGCCCGGGAAAGGCGAUGUGAAGGUGUCUGUGGUGAACAUGUGUGGUCCCUCCUCCUCCACCAUCCUGAGGAAGAUCUACCAACAGACUGCCCUGUCUAUCAACAGUCAAUACCCAGUCCAGAGGAGUAAACCCUGGUCCUAUGCUCCCCACCUGAUGGGCCUGGCUCCUGUACCAGUAACACCCAGACCUCUCCUCUGCAGCACCCGGACAAGCAGAGGGACAGAACCAACCACACCCACCACGCUGCAGGCAGGGACCCCUCAUAGCUCAGACAGAGAGAGGCAGGACCGGAGCAGGGUGUGGCCGUGUAGACAGAGACAGAGGGAGCGGUUGCGUCCUCUGUGUAUAGCGGAGGUCUCCAGUCCGACGGUGGAACAGCGUCGAGGAAUACAACCGCUCUGUCAGCCCCUCAGAACAACAAAAAUACACCAGUCAGCUUAUGAAGUGUGUGCUGUUCACUGUUCUACCAUAAGAUGGUGAUGGGGAACUUCUCAACACUGCAGGAAUCUGUAGAGAAUAAAUGAACCUCCACUGAUCCUAGAUCUGUGCAACCUUUACCUGGAGCAACGUCACGAACGAAUACAGACUCCAAACCAGUCGAUUGAAAGACAAAAUGUUUUAUUUAGAAAUUCACAGUUUCUAAUGGCACUACAUCUCUGUAGUUACUCACUCCUUUCCCAGAAUACUCAGAGAAAGAGAGAAGCGUGGAAACAAAGCAGUUGACAGACAGCGUUUAGUGUAGAAAAACAAAAGGCAUGAAGGUAGUAAUAAUAACAAAGUGCACACUGAGACCUGGGGGUCACCGAGGACCAAUCUCUAGUCAGUGUGUUAAAUUAGGGCUUCGCUGAGUCUCUCACAAACACACAUCAAGAGAACAAAGAAACACUCUUGCAUGCAUACACACUUACACAUAAUAUCAUACACAUUCAAAAAGGGUAGAAAAUAAAGUGGGUCAUGAUUCA